AUGGCACCCAUAGGGGAGGCAGCGACCACUUGGGCAAAUGCCCUGGACCUUUUGGCAGGCAAGAAAGCCGAUGAUGCUGCCAAGCUGGGAACGGACCUUCAGAAAAAGGGCAAAGACAAUGGCAUGAAGAUGCUUGAAGCAGCGGGAGCCGUUACUGCGGCUGUUGCCCAACUCGGCAAGACAGGCCCAGAUUUCGUCGAGGCCCUUCGUGGCCUGGGCGCAACCUGGAGCGAGGCUGCCGGGCUGUUGGCAGCUGGUGGAAGCGGCGGCGACUCUGGGCCCUGGGGCAAGGCUGCCGAUUUGGCCAAGACGGCCGCGGGCAAGGCUUCCGGCACGACUUUGAAAGCUGCCAUGGACCUUGCCAAGGAGGUCGGAGCGAGCUGGACUGAGAAGCUGACGCCCAUCACCGUGGCCGACCUCAGCAGCUCCAAGCCAGAGCCGGAAGCGGCGCUGAAGGCCGAAAGACGCGAGAGCCUUGUUCUGAUGCUCUUCGCGGCCGCCGAAGCUCCGCAGAAGCUCUCGGGCGCAGCGAAAGCUGCCGCGCUGGUGAAGGCUUCCUUGGCUCAGCUCCAGAUGGAGAAUCCUCAGUCCGAGGAUGCGCUCAAGAAUGCCAAGGAAGCCCUGGCCAGCUUUCGGGAGAGCAACUCUCCGGAGGGCCUCUUGGCCACGGCCCUGCGUGCCGUUGCGGUGGCCUCCCUUGGCGUGGAUGCUUUUGGCGCGCUGCAAGCCGCCAACCAGUCUCUGAAGACCUUCAAGGAGAUCGGCCACGGAAAGGGCCAGGUGGCUGCCAUCCACAGCAUCGCCUUGGCUCACCUGGGGAAGGAUAGCACCGACGAUUGCGUCUUCCGGGCCACCGAGGGUCUCAAGCUCUCCCGGCAAGUCGGAGACAGGAUGCGUGAGUAUGACAUCCUCGCGACCAUCACCGAGGCCAACCUCAUCCAAGGGGCUGGCAAGCGAGCCCUCGGAUCGGCGCAGGAGGCACUGACGGUCGCCAAGCGCGGGAUGUUUCAUGGGAUUGCCGCUCCCAGGGCCCUUGGCGAGAAACUCUUGGAGGCAAAGGCUCAGUGCCUUGUUGCCAAGGCUGCGGGGCUCUGCUCUGCGGCCGAGUCUGCCACCGGUGUGGCCGCAGCUCAGGAGGCUCCCGGCGAGGGCGAAGGGACAACUUGGCAGCACUUGGCCGCACCUGCCCUGCCGCCAAAGGCCCUGAAGCUGUAUCAGAGCAUGGGCCUGAAGUCCAAGGGGUUGGGGGUCCCCAUUCGAGGGAUCAGUCUGGGCCGAUGGCAGGAGAGCGAGGCCCUCGAGGCCAUGGGCGCCGCUUGUAUGGCGAAGGAGGACCCCGCGGACGCACUUCGUGAGGGCCAGAGCCUUGCAGACAAGUUCAGGCAGGCAGGUGACAAGAAGGAAGAGGCAUCUGUCAUGCUGGCCAUCGCCAAGAUCCACAAGGACAGCAAGGAGCUCGACCAGGCCUUGCGCGCUGCGCAGGAGGGUUGGAUCCCCUUCCAGCUGAGCCAGGCCUCCAACGACCGCACCGUGGAAGCCAAGGCUCUGCUUUAUGCCAGAAACGUGUAUUGGAAGGUUGACGGUUGGAAGAGCCGCUUUCCCAUCCUGCCCUUCCGUGCAUUGUCGGCAGAGGCGCUCCUGGCAUCCGCCCUCAUCCGGCUGGAGAAGGAGGAGCCUGGCGAGGCAUUGCGAUCCGCCGAGCAGGCUUGCGGUCUAUACCGAAACCAGGCCUUCCCGAGCCGUGCGUCGCGAGACGCAGAGAUCAAGUGCCUCAAGGCCAUGGUGGACGCCCACGCUGCCAUGGGAAGUGCUGACGAGGGAAUGCGCCUGGCUUCGGAGCAGCAGCGCCGCUUCAAGAGCAUCAAGGAGAAGAAGGGCGAGGGCUCGGCGUUCCUGAUGAUGGGGAAGCUGCAUCAGCUCCGGGGAGACCUCGAGGAAGCGCUGAACUGCCUCGUUCAGUGCCCGGCGCUCUUCCUGGCUGUAGGCGACCGGAAAGGCGAAGGCGAAGCCUGGCUGGGUAUUGCCAAGAUCCACAUGGGCAAAGGCGAUGUCCAGCAGGCCCAGCGUGCCGCCGAGGAGUGUGCCUUGGCCUACAGGAAGCUCGGAGACAAGCGCGGCCGGGCCGAGGCAGCGCAGCUCGUCUCUGACGUGCACUUCGCGCUCGCAUCCGUGGGCCAGGGCAACCCGCAGGAGGCACUCCGGGCUGCUCAAGAGGCAGUGCAGCUCUACCAGGAGCUCGGGGAAAAGAUGCAGACAGCCAUCAGUCUGCACAUCCUGGCAAACGCAAACCUCAUGACCAAGAACUUCGACGACGCCCUGAAGACGGCGCAGGAUUCCGAGACAGCCUUCAGAGCCCUUCGAGACACUGCCGGCGAGGCUGGAUCCAUGAUGCUCCAGUCCGGCGCGCACCUGGGCCGCCAAGACUUCGAGGAGGCGAAGCGCUGUGCCAAGGAGUCCAGAGAUCUGUUCAAGUCGGCCGGUGACUUCCAGGGUGAGGACUCCAUUGAAGACUUCCUCGACCAUGUGGAGGGUUACGAGAAAGGCCGACAAAACCUUGACGACUUCCGGGGCUUUGCCAUGCGCCGCACAGACGCAACUGUGGCCAAGGGUGGAGCGAAGCGCGAACGUGCGCCCAGGAAACCACGGCAGAUCUCGAACAUCUCAGACAUUGAGCUGAUUAAGCUGGACUCUUCCAAGGAGGGAAAGGUGACCUUAGCUUUCUUCGACGCCUUCGAGAGCAGAGCUGCAGGCGGCGGCAAGGCGCCGCCGAAGGCGGCAGCUGCUGGGGGCCCGGGCGGCGGUGGCCUGGCCUUGGGGGCCCCGGAGAAGGAGCCGGUGCUCUACAGUGUUCGCUGGGUCCAGGCCUCCGCGGGCAAGUCCGGGGCGGCUGGCGGAGCGCCGAAAAAGGGCCGCCGAGAGUUCACCAAGGAGGAGGACAAGCGGAUCGUCAGCACUGCCGUGCUCGGGGCGCCGAAGGACUGGAGCGGCUGCAUUUGA